AUUUACACCUCCCUGUCCGACCGUCACACGGUUCCAACUUCCUCUGAUUUGGUGACCCACUCGGCUUCUGUUCGAUUCGGGUCAGGAUUGCUCGGCUGGUCUCCGCCGCCGCCAGUACGGGCGGCCUUUGGCUUACUACCGUUGCUCGAUUCCCCCUGCCCCUCCCUCCUCCAUGCGCUAGUCGGUUGCCGCUUCCUUCAGGCCCGGGUUUCCUCCGAUCCCCUCCCCAAUUUCGAUUCCGAUCCUAGCAUCCCUUCGCCUUCCGUCCCCAAUUGCAGCUGUUGGGCUAGGCUAGGGUUUCCUGAGCAGCUCUUCCUCCCUGCAGGUUCGGCUCGUUGAAUUGCUUCCUCCCAACUUCCCACUUCUCCAAGCCGAGGAAUCCCGCCGCCUCUCCAAUCCAAUCCAGUCGAGAUGUCCGCCACCCAGUUCGCCAUGGUUGAGGAGCUGGCCUCGCUCAUCAAGGACAACCUCCACAGCAAGCACCUCGUCCUCUCCACCGAGGAGGCCCUCAUCACCAUCCUCCAGCGACAGCAGUGCCGUGUCGAUGACGACGACGACAACGCUGACCGUGAACAUGAUCCAAAUCUCAUUGAGCUCCAGCCAACCAGCGCGUACCAUCGCCUUCUUUUGCAUCGCCUCGCCGACAUAUAUGGGUUUGCUCAUGAAUCUGUUGGCGAAGGCAAUGAUCGGCAUUUAAUCCUACAGCGCUGCCCUGAAACUGCCAUCCCACCUGUCCUUGUUAGUGAUAUGUUAUGGAAGUAUGACAAUAGUGAUGAUUCAGCAUCUGUUGUGCUAACAAGAAAUGAUACAGAUAUCCAAAAGACUCGGAAGGAACAAUUUGUCCAAGAGGAUAUUUCUCUUGUAAGCUCGCACGUGGAAGGUGAUGCAGACAUGAAGCCUCUGAAGCAGUCAGUGGUACUUCCAGCAGCAUCACUCAAGGAGAGGGAAGCUGCUUAUCGAGCUGCUCGUGAGCGAAUAUUCUCUACAGAUGAUGCCAAGGGAAAGGAUACAUCAGUGACAAAAUGUAGACAGGUCCCUGUUGUUGCUCAACGGAUGAUCGCACAUGCCCUUGGUAAAAAAGUUCAAAAUCCCACAGAGACAGUUGCCAUGACAGAGUGCAAAGGAAAGCAACUGAUGAACGGACCAAAUAUUCUGACAAGUAGCAGGAACAACUUCUGUCCAGUUACACCAGAUAAUAGAGAAGUGAGUUAUGUUCGAAACGGUAAGUCAAACUCAGCUGGUAGGAAUCCAUGUCAAGCCCCAGGUAACCAAAGGUGUCACACAGCUAACAGUAGAGCUGUUAGUGCUGAGAGCUUGAAGAAAGAGCAGACUGGAGCAGCUAAAAGAAUGUUUGCGCACGCACUGGGGCUGCCUAUUGUUCAAGGAAGUAAUGGUGCAGCACCUAAACCAAAGUGACGAUCUAGCUAGAGAUGAGAUGCCAAGAAUGUGAGAAGGUUGCCAAUGCAAGCUGGUUCUGGGCUUUCUGGUCCUGUCAUGUGUAUGGUGUGGCAUGAACCUACAAUGGUUGGAAGUGCUAUUUUGUGUCAAUCUGCUUGUGUUAAAUGGCACUUGUGAUGUUGAUAGCAGAUGAAAAGGCUUCUUGGUUGGAGCAACAGAGAGAGCUAUGAACCUGGUUGGAAGUAAUCUGACUGCUGUGCGCUCUUGAUCGAAGAAGACUUAAGCUCAGUUGGGGGAAGAAGGGGUAUAUGCAUGCAUGCCACAGCUAAGUGUUGUGAGUGCUUCAUCGGCGUGGAAGAAACAUGGUCGCCCUUGUCGCUCAUAGUGUGCUGUAGUUGUUUGGUCAAGGUUACUGCAAGGCAGUGAUGUUUAGGGUAAUAAUUAUUUAUUUUAGUCCGGUAUGUUGUUGGAUAGACAUAUCUUAUGGAGUUAUGCGUCCAUUGACUGCACCUAUAUAUGCAAGAGUACGACUCAAUAGAGUUGCGUCA